UUCCGCCAGUCGUCGUGACGACCUCGAACCGUCAGUGUCGUGAGCUGCUUGAAUUAAUUCUGGAAUCGUCGCCGUCAUCGUCAGUCGUUCGUCUCUCUUGCCUGUCCCUCUUUCUGCUAAUUUGACUCACUGUCUCUCCUCCACUCCUUGGUCUCUCACUCUCUCCUCUCCGCCACUGGCUGGUUUUUAUCGUUUACCCCGCGAAACGUUCAACGGUGAAACGUGUGGCGAUGCCGAAGUGGCGCGUUUCGAACCGCGACCGAUUUCGCGCCGCGAUCAACAGUGUCGUAUAUAGUUCGUAAAUAGAAACGGAUGAUCGUUGUGCCCGUUGUGCCCCCGGUGGUUCCCCAAGAUCUUUCUCUCCUCGGCAGGCGAUUCCAUCGGCGGAAUCGAGAGUGGUAGGCGCGUUCGUGUUGCGCAGGAACGGAUAAUUAAACGUAACGGAGAUUUAAACAGGUGUGCGGCGACCGAGAAGCUUCCAACGCUCUGGGACCUAAGCGAAGAUACUGAAGAAGUCGCCGGACAGUGUAUUUGUGUAUCACAGUGUCUUAUUCCGCGGUUGUGAACGCUGCGCACGGAGAUCUCCUGGAAUACAGGAUUCACCCGUUGAACUACGGGAUCAUAAUUCGAUGGUCCCUUUAUCCGUCGUGGCAAUAGAAGCACCGUGAAGGACCACUCAGAAAAAUGAGCGCAGCCGUAGAAAACGGCGGCGUGGAGGCGUCGAAGCCGCGUGGCGUUUUCUCGAAGGCAUUCGCUAAACGGGCGCAGCCCUUCGAGGAAGCUCUCAACACACUAAACCGCUUAAAUAAAGAAGGCGAAGCACUUGCGCUUCAGGAUGAUCUUACAACGCACCCCACCUUGGCCUUGAUGCGACGCAUCCUUGCAGAUGCACAGGCAAAAUUCCGCGUGAUGGUGGAGGAGAACGCAGCGACGGGCGCCCGGCUUGACGGGGAGCUGGAGCGCGCCAGGGGCGAGUGCGCGACACUCCGCGGCGAGCUGAGGGACGUGCGAGGCGCGUUGCCGGUGGUGUUGAACAACAACAACGGGACGAGCAACACCGCGGCCGGGAACAGCAACAACAACGGGACGGGCACCGCCGCGAACAACACCACUCCUGGAGUCCAGGAGACAACAGAGGUUGCCGUCCAACAGCAACAAUCGCAGGACGAUGGCAAGAGGCUUAGCGCCAGCAGCAGCCCUGUGGAGAAGAGAAGCUCGGCCAGCGACAAGUCUGCCAGUCCCAUCGAGAAGAGGACCAGUCCCGUUGACAGGAAGGAGAGGACCAGUCCUAUUGAUCGACGAGCUAGCCCCAUAGAAAAACGGAAUGGCUCGCCUAGUCGCAGUCCCAGCGAAAAAGCUCGCCGCCCGUAUGCUCCGGCGUUGGAGAAGACGCGUUUGGGCGGUUCCGGCGGAAGCGUGGACUCGCGAUCGGGCAGCGCCAGCCCGGACCGAGGAUCCAGCAACCGCGGCGGUUUCCUGCAUCGCGGGGGCAGCGAUCGAUCCAGCGGCGAGCGACUGCGAAUAUCGACGAACAACCGCGAGUCGCUGCGAUCCAGCAAGGAGAUGAACGAUCACGAGAAGGACAUCGACAAGGACCUGGUGGACGGCGAGGUGCGGGCCGAGGAGGACAAUGAACCACCUGGACCAGCCCCGGGCAGCAGACCCUCGUCCCCGGCUAAUUCCCUGGGAAUUGGAGAUCCACUGGUAGCAUCCAGACUGUCCAACAUCCACGGCGGCGGCAGCAACGGCUCCGUGGAGCUAGCCAGCACAAGGCGGCUCCGAUUGGAGAACGAACGUUUGGUAGCGGAAGUGGCGAGACUCAGGAGAUUGUUAUUCAGCGGAGCGGCGCGCGGGGAAGUCGGCUCAGAGGAUGCGGCGCUCGAAGAAGAAGCGAGAUUCGUGGCUCUUGAGAUGGAGCUGCAACACGCAAAAGAAGCUCUCCAAGCGCUGAAGGCCGACCGGAAGAGGCUCAAAGCGGAGAAGUUCGAUCUUCUUAAUCAAAUGAAGGCGCUGUAUGGCACCUUGGAAGACAAGGAGCGGGAACUUCGCGACUUCAUCAGGAAUUACGAACAGCGGAUGCGGGAGAACGAGGCGACCUUAGGACGCCUUCAGCAGCAAGGAGUCGGCAUACCUUCGGAGGAACGGGAACGCGAGAGGGAACGGGAACGCUGGAGUCUGCUGAGGGCUGCGAGGGACGAAGCCGAUCGAAGCCUCAGCCUCGCGGCUAGUUUGGCCGACAAAGAGGCCGCCCUCUCGCAUGCACACGCCACUAUAAAAGAGUUGCAGCGUCAAUUGGCGGAAAGGGGCGGCGGCGGCGGUAUCUGCUUGAGCGACCAGGAGUCCUUGGUCUCGUUCCCGAGGGGCAGCGUGAAUGGGGCGGCGACACCGGGCGCCGGAAGCAGCAGCGGCGGCGGUGGCUGUGGUAUCAUCCCUCAUAUGAAUUCUCAACCGCCAUUAGGCAGCACAGAACUAGGAGUGACUGUUGGGAACGUCGGCAAUGCGGCAGGUGCAGGCUCUUCCGGUGGACAGGCGGGCGAUCGCGGAAGUUGCAGCGCGGACAGCGGCGUACGGGGAUCCAGCGACAGAGAGAGCGGAGGUGCCACCAGCGUGGGUGGAAACCUUUCGGACUCUACCACCGAUGGCACGCCGACAAUUACGGUCGAGGGAAGCGGUCUCGACAUGGACAGCAUCUCCGUGGUUUCCUCCAUUGCACCAUCCCACAUAUACCAGUCGACCACGCCGAAGGACUGCAGCCCCACGUUGUCACCCCUGAACGCGUUCUCUAGGUCUAUGGACAAUUCAUCGUUAUCGCGAUCGGUGGAACAGCUGUCGAGCCCGUUGGAAUCCGAACCGAGGAGAAGCAAACAAAACACACCUAUGGCGGCACCUGCCGCGCAUUCGCGUUCUUCUGCAACCCGAGGAGGCACGUGGGGUUCUAUUUCCAGAGUGUUCGCUCGUGCGCGACAUCGAAAGGCUACAAACAACUCGAGCGGUGGUAGUGAAAGCAACGAGGGCUCCGACGGCUUCGAUCCAUAUAGAUCAUGGUCACCUCUUACCGAGGAAGGUUACGCCGAGAAACUUCGUUUACUUAGAGAAGCCGCAUCCGUGCCUAUGGAACGAUGGAGGGCACCGACGGUGUUGGCAUGGUUAGAAGUUGCGCUCGGCAUGCCGCAGUACGGCCCUCGGUGCGCUGAAAAUGUGAAAUCUGGAAAGGUUUUGCUGGAGCUAAGCGACGCAGAAUUGGAGGCGGGAUUGGGGGUGACGCACCCCCUUCACAGAAAGAAAUUACGUUUAGCUAUCGAGGAGCACCGGCAUCCGAGUCUAGUUCGAUAUCCGUGCAUUGCUCAACUAGGUCACACAUGGGUCAGCUCCGAGUGGUUGCCAGACCUCGGACUCGCACAAUAUUCCGAGAGCUUCGCCACCAAUAUGGUGGACGCACGGAUGCUCGAUCAUCUCAGCAAAAAGGAGCUCGAGAAGCUUCUCGGUGUGACUAGGAAGUUUCAUCAGGCGAGCAUCGUGCACGGCAUUCAUUUGUUGCGAAUGUUGAACUACGAUCGACAGGCAUUAGCAGUCAGGAGACAUCAGUGCGAGCAGGUAGACACGGAUCCCCUGGUUUGGACGAAUCAGAGGUUCAUCCGGUGGGCGAGGAAUAUCGAUCUAACUGAAUACGCUGAAAACUUGAAAGAUUCGGGUGUGCACGGUGCCCUGGUCGUGCUGGAGCCAUCCUUCACCGGCGACACGAUGGCCACCGCUUUGGGUAUACCGCCAGCGAAACACAUGAUCAGACGGCACCUGACCGCCGAAUUGGAAGCGCUCGUCGUUCCAGCAAGAAGUCAGCUGGAGGUGGUCCCGAGGAACAGCGCUGGCGGGGGUCGUCCGAUGAGCACCGUGAGCGCAGGCGGUAGCCUAGGUCGAGGAAGCAGGGCGUUGCAUCUCCAGCAUCAUCAGAGCUCCCUCUCAGCCCUGCACAUGACGGCCAAUCACACUGGCACGGUUGAUAGACGCAGAUCCAGCCUCAGGACCUGCAGUCUUCUUUACUUGAAAAAGUUGUCGUGGAAGAGCUCACAGGGAUCGUUAAGUCGAGCCCUCGGUCUGCGACCCAGGAGCGAGAAAGCCUCCCCGUCGUCCUCCUCGGACACCGGGAGCCUGGCGAGCCAGUACAUGAGCAGCGCUCGCAGCAACUCGCCGCCGCCGCCGCAGUUGCCGCCCAGGCCGAUCACCGGGAACAAGAGGCACCGUAGAGUGAAGAGCAUCGGCGACAUCGAUUACAUAACCAGCGCAGCAGUGAGCACUCCCGUUUGACAGGAGGGCAGGCCCCAACACUCGGGGCCUUACAGGAGUCUCAGCGAGCGGGGAUACUCGUCGACGUACUCCUCGCAGUACGGCUCCUAUUCCGGGUACAGCAACAUUCUGCCACCUGGCGAUCAGUACCAAUACCAGCAGUCUGGUAACUACUAUCAGCUGAAGGGCGGCUAUUACUCGCCCCAAAGCAGCGGACCACCUUUCCCAGGUGUCCAGAGGUACGGCAGCCUGGCCGAGGAGGCCUGGUCCUGCACCACGAAAGACGAUUCCGCUGGCAACCCAAAGACGAACCCUAGAACCUACCUAGCUUAGGAACCCGAGGAUCUUGCCCAGACACGGUUAGUUCGUCGUGAAGACUGAAUGGAAGCUGAGACAAUGAUUUUUCGUGUGAUUCGUUCCAAGGGUGCAAUGGCUAUAUGCUGCUUGUACAGUGUGUUGCAAAGAAAAUGUUUGUUAGAUUUGUUUUGGAAUCUCUUGCGAUUAGGGCUGGAUAAUCUGUGGAUUCAUUGUGAUUAUAAGUUUGCGAAUUUAUAAGUAAUUAAUUUAUAGAUUUUCCGCGCUUAGCGUGUCACAGAGAUUUUUGGGUAAUUGAACAAUCGUUCCCAUUGGAGGGAAACUUAGUUAAUUGCGAUUUGUAUCCUGUUGAUUUUCGAAGUUUUUGUUGUCAUUGUAACACGCUGUACCGACUGUGGGUGUAACUUUGAUACUCUGUUUUCAAUGUGGUGAACGCAGGGAUUGUUGAAGCAUUUGACUUUUAGAGGAAUUUGUUUAUUUUGUAAGAUGUUAAGUAUUUUACUUGGUAUAGUUACUUCAUUUAACUGCGCGUCACUGUUUUCUUCCUGUUAAAUUGUGAAUAUAAAUCGAAUGUAUAAUGAUAUGAUGGUAUGAUCAUAGACUUUUCAUGAUGCCCGCUUUAUCCACCAUCUUGUAGUAUCAAACUUAUUCCCAAAGUUGUUGUGAUUAUUGUGAGCAGUAUACAUUUUCAGUAGUAAACUAGUUAGGAUGAUUUAGGAUGGAAAGCAACGAAGCAUUACGAGAAAUUGUUGUUUCAAUUUCGAUUUGGGAACUUCCGGCGCAAACCAUGUAAUUUGAGAAUGCAACAACGAGGCGUGUCGGUAGGCUAGGUUCGGGACAGAGUUCCCGUUGAUCGAGAUUUCCAUGUUUCCUCCGGGAAGUAGACGAGUCUUUUGGUUUACGCGUGAAAUAAGUUCCCAUGGUUUCGUGAAUGGAGAUACAUCCAUUAUAUUCUAUUCAUUAUGCAACUGAACACGAGUAAUAACUUCCGAUUCAAUUCAGCAUUCGGCAAAGACUGUUUUUACUCAUUCAUUCGAAGACUUUUAUGGUUCGUUAACUCGUGAUUAAACUAAGAACAUUUUACAAAAAUUCACAAUUUUUUAAACUAGACAAGCAAAGAUAAGCUGACAAUUUUAUUAAGAUUCUUUAUUUGAUUUUACGCGUUUCAAUCAGCCAGAAGUGCAUGAAAAACCACAAAAUAAUCGCAACGUUUGAAUCGAUAUAAAUUAAAAACAGUUGCUUCGAAGAAACUUUGAUCAUCUUAUUCCGUGAAUGAUCACCGUGUUCCGAUCGUCGAUUUUGUACUUACAUCACGCGUAAACUAGAAGUCUCAGAGCCGUGUUGCAACAGAUUACACUGAACCGUGAGCUAUCGGAUCGCAGAACGCGCUGCGACCGUCAGGACCAGUUUCGUAUCAGUUAAAAAGACAUCUUAAACGUAGAAAGGAAGCAUUGUACCAGUAGUGUAUCAGCAGUCGAGAAACCAUGUAGAUGGUCUAGGACUACCUAAAUAGAACCCCUAUAACGCGAUUGGAAAAUCGUCAGAAAAUAUCUAUGAAAGUGAGAUUGUCCAUAAGAAACUGAUGCAAACAAAGAAUAUUUUAAUCACGUUGUAGCAGGUUCUACUAUAUACCCUAAAGUAUAAAUUCAAUUGAAAGAUUUAAAUAUUUCUGGAGCUCGAAGAGUAGCCAAAGGACAUAGUCCUCGGUUCAAGGAAGGAUGCUAGCUACUUAGCGCUAACGUGUCUGCUGAUCAUACUACUGGCCACAAGAGACCAGUCACGAUUAGACCUAGGCGAAGACGUUCCACUUACACUGUCACAAUCUACCGGAAUUGCUGCCAAAUUGGUAAGGUCCGCAGACGCCGCGUCGUCUGUCGAAACCUUCAACGAACACACGACCAAGUAGAGAGAAAGAGAACGGAGUUACAACGACGCCGAUAGGGAGAAGUCGCUUUUCAAGAUAGAACCUCGGACAGGUCGAUGGGACCGGUACUCCGUGAUUUCCCGGGGUCACGGGAGAACUUACGCGAUCGUUCGAAGGUUGCGAUUGGAUGUUAGACGUAUUAUUUAAUUGCGAGACCGUUGAUCGAUCGAUCGAGACGACGAUCGCAAGCUGAUAGCGGGGGAAGUGGAUUGGGGCUUCCAUUGGUGUUCUACGGGGAGCACGCGAAUAUCUGUUCGGAUCAGCAACCAACAAACAUUCCAAGUCGCUGUUUCUCGGCUGUUGGGAGAACUCGGGCAGACAGAGGUCUGCUUUUCAUUAUCGACGAAAUAGGAUAGGACGAAACCUGAGACCAAUUUAACAAUGUUUUUAUCGAAGCUGUCGAGAGACGCCUUUUGAAAUGUUCGGUUAAAAUUAUUUUCUAAGUUCGAUCGUUUGACUUGUCGAUCUUUCGACUUGUACUGAUUAUAAUUAUUAUAAUGAUCAUUAUGACUAUUACGAUUAUCAUGAUUGUGAUUAUGGUGAUUAUAGUUAUGAUGAUUAUGAUACUUUAGUAAUAGGGUAGUCAGAGAUUGAUCGCCCUCUUUUUUCACGAUUAUUAAACCAUUAAUAUCAUUAGUACCUAAUAAAAAGAAAUAUACUUGUGAAAGCAAGUACGCGUAAGAAGAAUAGUUAAAUAUACCACUAUUCCUUCCCUUGGGUCUGAGCUUAGACAAUAAUUUGAUGCUAACGUUUCAAAAGUCCUUCGACACCUUUGGUAAACAUAGUGUUAAACCAGAUACGUAUGUAUUCAGCAAACCUUCACGAUCUAUAUUGUAACGAAGCUUUUAUUCCCCCCUCCUCCUCUUCGCAUCUUCAUUAUUGUUUUCUACGUUCGUGAUAUUUGUACAUAUGUGUACUAAACGUUGUAAGAAAUGGUUUUUCUUCGAACGCACACGCAAAGAGAGGCGAUCGAGGAGGCGCGAAGCGAAAACGAUCCUUGUCGAGAGACCUGUUUCCAGGAUAAGAAAAGAAGUCUUCUCGGUCCUCUUCUUUUUAAAACCCGGUGAGCUCCUUUCAAUGGCGAAUUUUUCGGUUAACCCUCUGCGACCCACGGUUUCUAUAUAAAUGAAUUUACGUGGUGUGAAAUUAACACACGCCGAUCUCUAAAUGUAAAUUAACUACUCAACGGUUUUAGUGAUUUCAUUGUGACGAGUAUACUUUUGAAUUUUGGAGUUUCAACGGCAUCAAAUGUUCACCAUCUAGUAACAAAUGAAAUAAAUCAACGGAAUGCUGAUACAUUAACAUGCAACUUCAAUGUCACGUGGACUUCGCAGAGGGUCGACACUUGUGUAUAAAACAUGUCGCCUGUUUUAACUCGCGCAUUGCAAUCAUAAAUGAUAAACGCGCGUAUAUAACUUUUUUCACGUUAUUUAGUCGUGAUUUUGAGAAAUAUCAACGCGUCGCAGUCGACAGGCUAAUAUAUAUUAUUUAAAACAUGAAAAUCUAUGCGCAGCAUUUACACUAAAACAAUUUGUGAUCCACUUUGGGUAGAUGGUUUUAGCGUUAGUAAUUUAUUUAACUGUAAUAAUUUAUGUUGAAGAAACGAAUGACGAAGAUCAGAAAUGGGACUCGUUUAACACUAGGUUCACCGAACGCGUCAAUUUAAACGCAUACUGAAUUUCUGUCAAGAUCAUCUGAUAAGAUUCGCGUCGUUCUUGAUCGAUGCAAUUACGCGAAUACGUAUCCCCAUAGUCUAUUUUCAAAUCUCAAAUGUCCAAGACCGAAACAAACGAAAAUUAAUUAUUCCGAGAUCAACAGAACAAACCGUACAAUAAACGUCCGUGAACCUAGUGUUAAAAUCGGUUAGGUAGCCAUGUUGAAUGCGUUUUAGCGAUUCGUCGACGAGGAUCGUGACUUCACUGCGAGCCCCCUAAUCAAGCGCAUGACUUUCGUAACGACGGGAAUCGAAAUCUCGUCAGAGAUUAUUUUUUUUCGAGCUGAAGCCGGAGCCGAUCGUGUCGAGUACGUACAUGUUAAGCUGUAAUUAAUUAUGUAACUAUUAAGAGCGAACGCGUACAAGAAGCCGACUCAGUCGACAAUGUAUUUAUACGAGCGGAUAUUAAUUAUUAUAACCCGUUAUAAUAAUUAGUAUCGUUAACUAUUAUAAUAUAAUGGAUCCGCGAUCAGCCGAGACGAUCAAGACGAUCCGUGAUGCACGUCCGAGUCACGAUUAUUAAUUGCGGCGUCUUUCUUCACUUCUUUUCCCUCCUAUUCGUUCACCUCUCCUUUUAGUUUUUACUGUAGAUAAAAAACCUCUUCUGUGUAACUGAAUAUUUAUUCGUAGCUGGACAAUUCGUUCGUAUUUAUGCUCGGCGGUAAUUUAUUUCGGUUGAACUACUGUUUCGAUCCGCGGAUCGUUUCGACGCUGGAUCAGUAUUAUCGUCGUUUGUCACGGCUAAACGACAGGUCAAUACAUCCCGAGUAAUCUUGUUCUUUUUUUUUUCUU